AUGGCGGAUCGCUCCUUCACCCUCAUCGUGGAGGCCUGGGACUGGGACAACGAUACCACCCCGAAUGAGGAGCUGCUGAUCGAGCGGGUGUCGCAUGCUGGCAUGAUCAACCCUGAGGACCGCUGGAAGAGCCUGCACUUCAGCGGCCACGUGGCGCACCUGGAGCUGCAGAUCCGUGUGCGCUGCGACGAGAACUACUACAGCGCCACCUGCAACAAAUUCUGCCGGCCCCGCAACGACUUUUUUGGCCACUAUACCUGCGACCAGUAUGGCAACAAGGCCUGCAUGGAUGGCUGGAUGGGGAAGGAGUGCAAGGAAGCCGUGUGUAAACAAGGGUGUAAUUUGCUCCACGGGGGAUGCACCGUGCCUGGGGAGUGCAGGUGCAGCUAUGGCUGGCAAGGGAGGUUCUGCGAUGAAUGUGUCCCAUACCCUGGCUGCGUGCACGGCAGCUGCGUGGAGCCCUGGCAGUGCAACUGUGAGACCAACUGGGGCGGCCUGCUCUGCGACAAAGACCUGAACUACUGUGGCAGCCAUCACCCCUGCACCAACGGAGGCACGUGCAUCAACGCUGAGCCCGACCAGUACCGCUGCACCUGCCCCGAUGGCUACUCAGGCAGGAACUGUGAGAAGGCUGAGCAUGCCUGCACCUCCAACCCAUGUGCCAACGGGGGCUCUUGCCAUGAGGUGCCGUCCGGCUUCGAAUGCCACUGCCCAUCUGGCUGGAGCGGGCCCACCUGUGCCCUUGACAUCGAUGAGUGUGCCUCAAACCCAUGUGCGGCCGGUGGCACCUGUGUGGACCAGGUGGACGGCUUCGAGUGCAUCUGCCCCGAGCAGUGGGUGGGGGCUACCUGCCAGCUGGACGCCAAUGAGUGUGAAGGGAAGCCGUGCCUUAACGCUUUUUCUUGCAAAAACCUGAUUGGCGGCUAUUACUGUGAUUGCAUCCCGGGCUGGAAGGGCAUCAACUGCCACAUCAACGUCAACGACUGUCGUGGGCAGUGUCAGCACGGGGGCACCUGCAAGGACCUGGUGAACGGGUACCAGUGCGUGUGCCCACGGGGCUUCGGAGGCCGGCACUGCGAGCUGGAACGAGAUGAGUGUGCUAGCAGCCCCUGCCACAGCGGCGGCCUCUGCGAGGACCUGGCUGACGGCUUCCGCUGCCACUGCCCCCAGGGCUUCUCCGGGCCUCUCUGUGAGGUGGAUGUCGACCUUUGUGAGCCGAGCCCCUGCCGGAACGGCGCUCGUUGCUAUAACCUAGAGGGUGACUAUUACUGUGCCUGCCCUGACGACUUUGGUGGCAAGAACUGCUCCGUGCCCCGUGAGCCGUGCCCUGGCGGGGCCUGCAGAGUGAUCGACGGCUGCGGGUCGGAUGCAGGGCCCGGGGCGCCUGGCACAGCAGCCUCCGGCGUGUGUGGCCCCCAUGGACGCUGCGUCAGCCAGCCAGGGGGCAACUUUUCCUGCGUCUGUGACAGUGGCUUUACUGGCACCUACUGCCAUGAGAACAUUGAUGACUGCCUGGGCCAGCCCUGCCGCAACGGGGGCACGUGCAUUGACGAGGUGGACGCCUUCCGCUGCUUCUGCCCCAGUGGCUGGGAGGGCGAGCUCUGCGACACCAAUCCCAACGACUGCCUUCCCGAUCCCUGCCACAGCCGCGGCCGCUGCUACGACCUGGUCAACGACUUCUACUGUGCGUGCGACGACGGCUGGAAGGGCAAGACCUGCCACUCACGCGAGUUCCAGUGCGACACGUACACCUGCAGCAACGGCGGGACCUGCUACGACAGCGGGGACACCUUCCGCUGCGUCUGCCCCCCCGGCUGGAAGGGCAGCACCUGCGCGGUUGCCAAGAACAGCAGCUGCCUGCCCAACCCCUGUGUGAACGGGGGCACCUGCGUGGGCAGCGGGGCCUCCUUCUCCUGCAUCUGCCGGGACGGCUGGGAGGGCCGCACUUGCACUCACAAUACCAACGACUGCAACCCUCUGCCUUGCUACAAUGGUGGCAUCUGUGUUGAUGGCGUCAACUGGUUCCGCUGCGAGUGUGCGGCUGGCUUCGCGGGACCUGACUGCCGCAUCAACAUUGACGAAUGCCAGUCCUCGCCCUGCGCCUAUGGGGCCACGUGUGUGGAUGAGAUCAACGGGUAUCGCUGUAGCUGCCCCCCCGGCCGAGCCGGCCCCCGGUGCCAGGAAGUGAUCGGGUUUGGGAGGUCCUGCUGGUCCCGGGGCACUCCGUUCCCACACGGAAGCUCCUGGGUGGAGGACUGCAACAGCUGCCGCUGCCUGGACGGCCGCCGUGACUGUAGCAAGGUGUGGUGCGGGUGGAAGCCUUGUCUGCUGGCCGGCCAGCCCGAGGCCCUGAGCGCCCAGUGCCCACCAGGGCAAAGGUGCCUGGAGAAGGCCCCAGGCCAGUGUCUGCGACCACCCUGUGAGGCCUGGGGGGAGUGCGGCACAGAAGAGCCACCGCGCACCCCCUGCCUGCCGCGCUCCGGCCACCUGGACAAUAACUGCGCCCGCCUCACCUUGCGUUUCAACCGUGACCAUGUGCCCCAGGGCACCACAGUGGGCGCCAUAUGCUCCGGGAUCCGCUCCCUGCCGGCUACGAGGGCUGUGGCACGGGACCGCCUGCUGGUGUUGCUCUGCGACCGGGCGUCCUCGGGGGCCAGUGCAGUGGAGGUGGCCGUGUCCUUCAGCCCUGCGAGGGACCUGCCUGACAGCAGCCUGAUCCAGGGCGCGGCCCACGCCAUCGUGGCCGCCAUCACCCAGCGGGGGAACGGCUCACUGCUCCUGGCCGUCACCGAGGUCAAGGUGGAGACAGUCGUUAUGGGCGGCUCUUCCACAGGUCUGCUGGUGCCCGUGCUGUGUUCUGCCUUCAGCGUGCUGUGGCUGGCGUGUGUGGUCCUGUGUGUGUGGUGGACACGCAAACGCAGGAAAGAGCGGGAGAGGAGCCGGCUGCCGCGGGAGGAGAGCACCAACAACCAGUGGGCCCCGCUCAACCCCAUCCGCAACCCCAUCGAACGGCCGGGGGGCGGCCCGUGGGGCGGCGGGGGCCACAAGGACGUGCUCUACCAGUGCAAGAACUUCACGCCGCCGCCGCGCAGGGCAGACGAGGCGCUGCCCGGGCCGGCUGGCCACGCGGGCGUCAGGGAGGACGAGGAGGACGAGGAUCUAGGCCGCGGUGAGGAGGACUCCCUGGAGGCGGAGAAGUUCCUCUCGCACAAAUUCACCAAAGACCCUGGCCGCUCGCCAGGGAGGCCGGCCCACUGGGCCUCGGGCCCCAAAGUGGACAACCGCGCGGCCAGGAGCAUCAAUGAGGCCCGCUACGCUGGCAAGGAGUAGGGGCGGCCACCAGCUGGGCCGGGACCCAGGGCCCUCGGUGGGAGCCAUGCCGUCUGCUGGACCUGGAGGCCAAGGCCAUGUGCAUAGUUUCUUUAUUUUGUGUAAAAAAACCACUAAAAACAAAAAACAAAUGUUUAUUUUCUACGUUUCUUUAACCUUGUAUAAAUUAUUCAGUAACUGUCAGGCCGAAAACAAUGGAGUAUUCUCGGAUAGUUGCUAUUUUUGUAAAGUUUCCGUGCGUGGCACUCGCUUACGGCAGGAGAGAGCAAAGGGUGUCUGCGUCCUCACCAAAUCGUAGCGUUUGUUACCAGAGGUUGUGCACUGUUUACAGAAUCUUCCUUUUAUUCCUCACUCGGGUUUCUCUGUGGCUCCAGGCCAAAGUGCUGGUGAGACCCAUGGCUGUGUUGGUGUGGCCCAUGGCUGUCGGUGGGACCCGUGGCUGAUGGUGUGGCCUGUGGCUGUCAGUGGGACUCGUGGCUGUCAGUGGGACCUGUGGCUGUCAGUGGGACCUACGGUGGUCGGUGGGACCCUGGUUAUUGAUGCGGCCCCGGCCUCCAGCACGGCCUGUGGCUGUUGGCGCACCUGUGGUUGUCAGUGGGGCCUGAGGUCAUCGGUGUGGCCUGAGGCUGGCAGGUCGACCUCGCGCUUGCUGGCCAGUCCGCCUUGCCUGCCGUCUGUGCUUCCUCCUGCCCAGAACGCCCGCUCCAGCGAUCUCUCCACUGUGCUUUCAGAAGUGCCCUUCCUGCUGCGCAGUUCUCCCCUCCUGGGAUGGCGGCAGUAUUGAAGCUUGUGACAAGUGCCUUCACACAGACCCCUCGCAACUGUCCACGCGUGCCGUGGCACCAGGCGCUGCCCACCUGCCAGCCCCGGCCGCCCCUCGUCGUGAAAGUGCAUUUUUGUAAAUGUGUACAUAUUAAAGGAAGCACUCUGUAUAUUUGAUUUAAUAACGUCAA